CGGAUUGGACAUGGAGCCCAUUCGCCAUCCCUCACCCGGCACCUGCGUCCACUCUCUAGCGUCCCAAGUGAGUCGAGGGGAAUCCUGACUCCAGUCCGGGGCCUGGGCAAGCGGAGCCGCGCUGUUCGGAAGCGGGAAUUUUACUCAGAGCCCGGGCCUAUAGGGGCGGGGCGUCCUGGGCACCCGGGAUUGGGGCGUCUCCCGUCGUGCACCGGGGCACCGGCGACUCACCCGGAAGGAGAAGUCGUGAUCUGGCUAUAUGGUGGGGCGCGGGCGGUGUCGCGGUUGGGAGCUGGUGCUGUUCUCAGGAGCCAGCCUGGAUCAUUUGUUGGCAGUACAUAUUGGCUGAAGUCAGUUUUCAUUUCAAGAUGUUUUCUUCAAAUGGGCUUUUGGUGUAGGAUGUCGGAGAACCAAGAACAGGAGGAGGUGAUUACAGUGCGUGUUCAGGAACCCCGAGUGCAGAAUGAGGGCUCCUGGAACUCUUAUGUGGAUUAUAAGAUAUUCCUUCAUACCAACAGCAAAGCCUUUACUGCCAAGACUUCCUGUGUGCGGCGCCGCUACCGUGAGUUCGUGUGGCUGAGAAAGCAGCUACAGAGAAAUGCUGGUUUGGUGCCUGUACCUGAACUUCCUGGGAAGUCAACCUUCUUCGGCACCUCAGAUGAGUUUAUUGAGAAGCGACGACAAGGUCUGCAGCACUUCCUUGAAAAGGUCCUGCAGAGUGUGGUUCUCUUGUCAGACAGCCAGUUGCACCUCUUCCUGCAAAGCCAGCUCUCAGUGCCUGAGAUAGAAGCCUGUGUCCAGGGCCGAAGCACCAUGACUGUGUCUGAUGCCAUUCUUCGAUAUGCUAUGUCAAACUGUGGCUGGGCCCAGGAAGAAAGGCAGAGCUCUUCGCACCUGGCUAAAGGAGACCAGCCUAAGAGUUGCUGCUUUCUUCCAAGAUCUGGUAGGAGGAACUCUCCCUCACCGCCUCCCAGUGAAGAAAAGGGACAUUUAGAAGUGUGGGCUCCAGUUGUUGACUCUGAGGUUCCUUCAUUGGAAAGUCCCACUCUCCCACCCAUCUCCUCACCAUUAUGCUGUGAUUUUGGAAGAGCCAAUGAAGGAAACUCCACUCCUCAGUCUGUGAGGAGGGCUGUGGGAGGAGACCAUGCUUUGCCUUUGGAUCCUGGUCAGUUAGAAACAGUUUUGGAAAAGUGAGCUCUGGGUUCUGCUCUGAGAUGGUCAGAGGAGAUACAGGCCAGGAGACUUACUCAGGUGGGAUUAGGCAUGGGCAGGUAUUGUGGGAGGCUGGGUUGCUUAGUGUCUUCUAGUCUCCUCUGCUUGGGCUGAUUGACAGAGGUCAAUCAUAACAGCCCCCUAUGCCUCUUCCAUGGGAAUAAAUACUGUGCAGAUGUUUGUAAGUUAAGCAUAAGGCCUAGGGGCUGUUUAUUUUGAACAGAACCCAUAUUUACUCUUCUGGGAGCUGAGUUUCUACACGUCAUUUGUAUGUAGGACCCGGAGUACCUCCUCAAGUGGCUGGUUUUGGGGACCUGUAUGUGGCAGAUUAUAAGCUGCCAUAUUGAACAUUGUCCCAACAGGAGUGAUUACAUUGUAUCCCCAUCUUGACUGGCUUCAGUUUUUGCUGUAGCCCUAGAGCACUUUGUUUCUGGAAGGCUGGCCUCUUGCCUACCUCCUUGCAUGGAAAGGGGGAUGAAUAUUUACUCUCCACCUUGCUUUUUCUUCCACCGGUACCACUGAAUGGAACUGGUGCUGUGACUCCUGCUGCUGGGGUUUUAUGUCCCAAGACCUUAGUCUGGCUGAGUGGAGCCUGAGACCUGCACAACAGCUCAUGGUCAUGCAUGAGAGAGAAGAGGCUGACCACAGCCAGAGGGAACAGCAACAGCUCAGGGGCCUGAUUAUAAAGGGGAGAGGGGGCUCUCUUUUCUGCAGGGUUAGCGUGGGCUCUUUUCUUUUCCGAGUCCUUUUCUUCUCCUUUGGUUACAGCUCCCUGCCUCCAGGGCUUCAGCCACCAGCAUCCCUCUGCUGUGCUGCAGGGAGGCCAUAUGUUCAUCCAGUGGGGCGCAAGGGCUUUGUUUCUGCCUGGAAGAGAGGGCUCUGGGGAUGAGGAAGAACACGUUCUCCUUCAGACAAUGAGGCAUUCUGUCCUGCUGCCAUUCUUCAUCUCCACCGAGAGCCAGAGCUGGUAGGAGCCGAGUGCCACGGGCAUUCUGCAUUGCUCUACUCUUAGGUUGGUUUGUGUGAUUCUUCCCCUCCCUCUUGCCCACUCCUCCCUCCUCUGGCCAUCUUACCCUGUCUGUGGGCUCUUUUACUACGAGCCUAUGCUGUGGGACUGUCAUGGCAUUUAGUUCAGAGUUGAGGGGCUUUGGCCUGAAAUAAAAUGCAAGUAUUUAA